GCGAGCCGCACCGUCCCAGCCUGCGCCCCGAUGCUGCGCGCCUUGCCCCGCGCCCUGCGCCUCCCGCGCCCCUGGAUGUCCCUGCGGGCCCGCGGCAGCGCCCCCGACCGGGAAGCCGGGGGCCCCGAGAUCCAAGGGGGCUCCCUAGCGGGGCCCGACCAAGGGAAACGAAUCACUGAGAUUUUGAUGAACAGACCUCGCACCCGCAAUGCCCUGGGAAAGGUCUUUGUCAGCGAGCUGCUGGAAGCUCUGGCUCGGCUGCGGGAAGACCGGCAAGUGCGUGUCGUGCUCUUCAGAAGUGGAGUAAAGGGUGUGUUCUGUGCAGGUGCAGACCUAAAGGAGCGGGAGCAGAUGAGUGAGGCAGAGGUGGGGGUCUUUGUCCAGCGACUCCGAGGCCUGAUGAAUGAGAUCGCGGCCUUCCCUGCACCCACCAUUGCAGCUAUGGAUGGGUUUGCCUUGGGUGGAGGCCUGGAGCUUGCCCUGGCCUGUGACCUCCGAGUGGCAGCUUCCUCGGCUGUCAUGGGGUUAAUUGAGACUACUCGAGGGCUCCUCCCAGGGGCAGGAGGGACUCAGAGGCUGCCCCGCUGCCUGGGGGUAGCCCUGGCAAAGGAGCUCAUCUUCACAGGCCGCCAACUGAGUGGGCUGCAGGCCCAUGCAAUGGGGCUGGUGAAUCACGCUGUGGCCCAGAAUGAGGAGGGUGACGCCGCCUACCACCGGGCUCGAGCACUGGCCCAGGAGAUCCUGCCCCAGGCUCCCAUUGCUGUGCGGCUGGGCAAAGUAGCCAUUGACCGAGGAAUAGAGGUGGACAUUGCAUCAGGGAUGGCCAUUGAAGGGAUGUGCUAUGCCCAGAACAUACCAACCCGGGACCGGCUGGAGGGCAUGGCAGCCUUCAGGGAGAAGCGGCCCCCCAAAUUUGUUGGCAAGUGACCCCCAUUUAACCUAGAGCAUAUCCACGCCCUAAGGAGCAGGAUCCAGAAGGAAAACUUGCAGCUGGACUGCCUUCAUAAUUUCACCUUUCUGAGCUUCAGUUUCUUCACAAGGAAGAUGAUGGGGCUAGAUAAUCACUGGGGUCAGGUGUGUUUCGGAGAAUGCCUGUCUCUCCCCACUCAAAUGAUAAACUAAGUUCUAUUAAAAUAGAUCCCCAUCUG